AAACAAAAAAUAUAUACCACUACUACUGAAAGAAUAAAGAAAAUCAUCAUCAUCACCAUGUAAAAUAAGGAAAAUGUGUAUUUGUUGAGAACAAACGAAGGAUCCCAGCUAAGCAUGUAUGUGAUGCAAUGAAACGUCCAACAGGUGUCGCUGUCAGCGAUCUGCUCAGCUUGUUCGCCGGACGCCUAUUGGAUAAAAACGUGAACGUCACUUCCUUCUUUCUCUUCAACCUCCGCCAUAGUGGGGAAAGGACUGUGGACAAAAUGUCGUCCCACAAGACGUUCAGGAUCAAGCGCUUCCUCGCCAAGAAGCAGAAGCAGAACAGGCCGAUUCCUCAGUGGAUCAGAAUGAAGACCGGCAACAAGAUCAGGUACAACUCCAAGAGGAGACACUGGAGGAGGACCAAGCUUGGCCUGUAAACACGAGGGUCCCUGGAUCCCAGUGUUCCCCCCCUCCCCCCCAACGUCUGCCAGGACCUCCAGCUGCUGUGCCUGACCGCAGGGAGGGAGCCAUGUUAUCUCGUCAUGUUUGAUAAUAAAAGAUCUGUGAUCAAACUG